AUGCUGCCCGCUCUUCGAAGCCGUACUUUCCGCCAGGCCACUGCUGGAGCUCCCCGCCUCGCCAGUGCCAUCAACGGUCGCACCUUUGCCCAAGUCUCAGACGCCGCCUCGGUCCCUGGAAAGACGGUCUCCCCCGUCGAUGUCGAACCCUAUCUCCUUGAAGAGCUCCCUUCGGUCGUAGCCGGUGACAAAGACGCCAUCUCGAAACUUCCCCCCUUCGUCAUCUCCCGCGAGCGAGGAUUCCUCCCUCGCCAAGAUCCCAUGGUUAGAUUGCCCGAAGCCUUCUCCACGCUCUCCUCGCUUCUUGACCGUAUGACCAUCCACCAACCCGCCGAUGUCCACGGCCACCGCGCAACCGGUCUCCUCGGCAAAGGCGAAUUCGGUGACGCCAUCCACUCCGAACUUGACGGCAAAGAACUCAAAGCAGUCAACGCGGCCAUUGAAUCGGGUAACUCUCACCUCCUAGCCGCUCUCUUCCGAGACUACUGUUUCGCUACUUCCGCUUACCUUCUCGAACCUGUCGAUCGAGCAUUCCGUGAAACGGGAUUCUACACUCAAGGUCGUAACUCUCUCCCCGCUCAACUCGCUGUUCCUCUCAAGAAGCUUGCUGACAAGUUGGCUCAUUUCCCUUACAUGGAGUACGCCUCUUCUUAUGCGCUUGUCAACUACAUGUGCAAGGAUGCCAACUUCAAAGGUAAUGCCGGAAAAUACUCGUUCGACAACAUGGAGCUCAUUCGAAGCUUCGAAGACGCUUCCGGCUCCGAACGUGGUUUUAUCCUCGUCCACGUCGAAAUGGUCAGUUACACUGGAAAGUUAGUCUCUGCUACCGAAGACGCUCUUCGUGCUUGCAACAGUAAGGAUGUAGCUGCCUUCGAAGAUGCCUUUGAACGCCUACUCUUGACUUAUCGAAAGAUUAACGAAUCAAUGGAAACAAUGUGGCGAAGAAGUUUGCCCCAAGACUAUCUCAAGUAUAGGAGUUUCAUCUUUGGUACAGGACCGAAAAAGAUGAAUGCCAUGUUCCCUGAUGGCGUUGUCUAUCAAGGGGUUUCGGAUGAACCUCAGUUCUAUCGUGGUGAAUCGGGUGCCAAUGACUCUAUCGUUCCUACAGGUGAUAACUUGCUCGAGAUCACCGCUCACAUGCCUAACAACGACCUUACGAAAACCCUGCGCGAUUUUAGAAGCUACCGACCAAAGAACCAGCGAGAAUUCUUGCAGCAGCUUGAAGCUCGUGCUACUCUUGCUGGUGUAAGAGCUUUCGCAAUGUCGUCCAGCCCGCGUACAAAAGCACUUUACCUUCUGCUCGUGGAUCAGAUUCGAGAGUUUAGAAACAGACACUGGAUGUUCACCAAGUCUUACAUCAUCCAACGUACUUCUUACGACAUUGCUACUGGUGGUUCCCCCAUUCUUCAGUACCUGCCCAACAACCUCAGCGUCGUGCUAAAGGUGCUGGAGGAGAGCUUUAACGAGUUCACCUCGGCCGAUGAACGAGCUUUGGGCGUUGAUGCGAGAUCCGCAAACCACAGGAUCAGCAACAUUGACUUGUUGGAGAACGUCAACGCGGCAGGUAAAAGGGCCGGUGCUCAGAGAAGCAUGCUGGAGAGAGAAGUAAACGAGUUGUUGGCAGAGAAGGAAAAGAGGAUUGAAAAGAUGGGUGGUGAUGUGGAGAAGGGUAGGGGUAUGCUGGGUGAGCAGAAGAGUAUGAAGAGAGGUGCCGUUGGUUGCGAUGGCGUUGGAUGA